CGUCUGCAACUAGCCGAUGCUCAGCCGGCGCAUCCUCGAAAUUUCCAGUCUCGUCCGCGUGAACCAACGACACGCGACGCAUCUCCACCACCAUACAACUCUUGCUUCCACCACAUCAGCCUCACCGCCGUGAACAGACCAGACUUGCACCCACAAAGAACACCCCAAUAUGGAUUUCCAGAACCGCGCAGGCUCGAAAUUCGGAGGCGGUGGCGUAGCCUCCCAAUCCGCCACAAACGCCGACCGUCGCGAGCGUCUACGCAAACUCGCCCUCGAGACGAUCGACCUGGACAAGGACCCGUACUUCUUCAAAAACCACGUCGGCUCGUUCGAGUGCCGCCUCUGCCUCACAGUCCACCAGAACGACGGAUCAUACCUCGCCCACACACAAGGCAAGAAACAUCAGACCAACCUCGCGCGCCGCGCGGCCAAGGAAGAGAAGGAGGGCAGGGCACGCGAGAAUGGCGGCAUCGACCCGGCCACGGGUCUCCCAGUCGGCGUAGCGCAGGUGCGGAGGAACCUCGUCAAGAUCGGGCGGCCGGGGUACAAGAUCACCAAGAUUCGCGAUCCGCACACACGGCAACAGGGCCUGCUCUUCCAACUGCAGUACCCCGAUGCGGCGCCCGGCGCCCCCGCGCCCAAGUGGCAGGUCAUGAAUGCGUUCACACAGCAUGUCGAGGAGCCGGAUCGGAAUUACCAGUACCUUCUCGUCGCGGCGGAGCCGUACGAGACGGUCGGUUUCAAGAUACCCGCCAGGGAGCUGGACAAGAGAGAAGAUCGGCAGUUUGACUAUUGGGAUGCGGACGCGAAGGAGUACUGGCUCCAGGUCAUGUUCAUGACGGAGAGAGAGGAGAGGUACAACGCUGCGCCUGGGUUGGGCGGCAGAACGUGAAAAGGGGCCGGUGGGAAGAGGAUUUGCAUCAACAUAUCUCCCGCAACGCCAUGCCAGUGGCUGGAUGUACAGAGGCGCUCGCGCAUGCAAUGAGGCCCUGCAGCACACGCAAGCUGCGGAUGAUGGCCUCCAGGGUCGUGCCGGUAAGGUCUAAAGUUAGAACAGGAGCACGUCGGUGUGGCGGUCACAAUCGGGCAAGCGGCUUGCGUGUAAUGAGAGAGCGCCAUCCAAGAGCAGAACCAAUACUGUUUCUAGUCUCUUGCGAACGUGAGACGUUAGCACUGGACAAUGUUCGAAUAGGGAGAACACCACAGGGAACCCGUUUAAUCAAGAUACCCAUCAGUAAAAA